AUGUAUACAUUAUAUGAUUUCGAGAAUUUCACUAGAGAAGAAAUUUUAGAUUUCUUUACAAAGCUGUUGAUUGCUCAUUAUCCUCAGCAGAUUGAAUCUAUCAUGUUGAAACAAGAUCAAUCUAUAUAUCACUCAUUACAGGUAGAAUUUCCAAUGAUUCUUGAAGGUGAUGUAAACUUUGGUCCUUUGUUUAUUGCUGAACCUAGAAAGUUGUUACCUUUGUUUCAUGAAGCACUUCUCAUUAGUCAGGAGAGAAUCAAAGCACUCUAUACUGAGGGUGGUGUAAAUGUACCUGUAAAUCGAAACACUUUCAAUGCUCAUAGCAAUACGAGUCAGCAACAACAACAACAGCAAGUGUUUAAUCCAUCACAACUCACUAUAAAGAAGAACUGUAGAGUGAGAGUUAGUGAACUACCUAUAUGUAGAGAGAUUAGAAAGUCAUUCUUACCACGAUCGAAUGAGUAUGGUUUGUUUGUAGAGUUUAGAGGUACUGUGAUCAGAACUGGUUCCACCAAGAUUGUCGAGCGUUCCAAAUACUAUGUUUGUACAAAGUGUAAGGAGUCAUUCAAGGUUCAUAUCGACUACGAACAACACAACCAAUUCGAUGUGCCAAAACGAUGUCCUAAUCCACGUCGUUGUGAGAAUCAAUAUUUCAAACCGAUGCAAGACGGUUCCAGUUCGAUGGACGAACACUGUGACUACCAAGAGAUCAAGCUGCAGGAGAAUAUCCACCAGAUCGGAGCCGGUACGAUUCCGCGAUCGAUUAUGGUCAUUCUCCAAGAGGAUCUGGUUGACAGCUGUCAGGCAGGAGACGAUAUCAUUGUGAGUGGUGUUGUAAUUAGACGUUGGCGACCGUUGAAAACAGAGGAGCGUUGUGAAGUCGAGAUGGUUCUGCUGGCGAAUAAUGUGAGGGUGAUGAACGAGCAGCGGUUUGGCGCUGGUCUGACCGAUGAGUUAAAGUGCCAGUUUGAAGACUUUUGGAUUGCACACGAAGCCAAUCCACUGGUUGGAAGAAAUCUGAUAUUGCGAUCGGUCUGUUCCGGUGUCUAUGGAAUGUUUGUUGUCAAGUUGGCGUUGAUGCUGGUGAUGAUCGGUGGCGUCAGUAUCAACGAUCGUGAAACCAAUACAAAGCGUAGAGGCGAGUGUCACAUGCUCUUGGUAGGUGAGCCCGGUACUGGAAAGAGUCAGUUCCUAAAGUAUGCGGCGAAGGUGGCAUCGCGGUCUGUUCUCACCACGGGAAUUGGAACGACCAGUGCCGGUCUGACGGCUGCCGUUGUCAAGGAGCAAGGUGGUGAAAUGAUGUUGGAAGCGGGUGCGUUGGUGCUGGCCGACGGUGGUGUCUGUUGCAUUGACGAGUUCAGCGGAAUCAACGAGAAAGAUCGUGCCACCAUUCACGAAGCGAUGGAGCAGCAAACCAUCAGUAUUGCCAAGGCCGGUAUCAUCACUAGUUUACACACGCGAUGCUCUAUCAUCGCCGCGACAAACGCCAAGGGUAAAUACGAUGAACAACAAUCAUUGAUGGUCAAUACAAACUUGGCAUCUCCACUCCUUUCGAGAUUCGACAUCAUAUUGAUCAUCACCGACGAUCAAGAACCGGAAUGGGAUAGGAUGAUAUCGGAAUUCAUAUUGCGUCGUGGACAGCCACUGAAAGAAUCGGACGACAAAUUCUGGAAUGAAAAUCUUCAGAGCUAUCUCUAUUAUAUUAAGAAUACAUUCAAUCCAACACUCUCAGAGGAUAGCAAACUACUGCUAGAUGCAUACUUCCAGAAGCAGAGAACCGGUGCCACUCAGAGAAACGAAGCAAGAAUCACAACGAGAUUGUUGGAGUCGUUGAUUCGUUUGUCACAAGCUCACGCAAGGCUGAUGUUUAGAAACGUAGUAGAGAUACAGGAUGCCAUCUUUGCAAUCUACAUGAUUGAGUGCUCAGCAGAAUCCUCGUGCAUUCUUACAUGCUUGAAUGCACAACAAUCUAGGUUCCCUGAAGACCCAGAACAUGACUAUAAACAAAUCGAAAGAGCUAUCAAGAACUCACUGGGACUCUACGAUAUCAGCUACAACCCAUCAAAGAGAAAGAAAACAAAACCAAAAGAGACUUUUCAUACCGUUAACAAGUCAUGGAUAAAUUCAAACUAUGAUGACGACGAAGAAGAGGAAGAGGUUGAAGAUGAUGGAAAUGAAGCUGAUGAAGAGAAUGAAGAAGAAACUGAACAAGUUGAAGAGGUUGACGAAGUUGAAGAGGUACAUGCUGAAGAAGAAGUAGAAGAAGUCGAAGAAGUUGAAGCUGAAGAACCUGGAGUAUUCGAGGAAGCAAAUGAAUUUAUUAGAGAUGAUAUUAUUGCUGGAGGAUUUGUUCAACCUCAACAAUCAGUUAUUAUCAACGACCAAGAAGCAAGCCAACAUAAUAUGGAUGAAAGUGACAUUUCCUUUAGAUUGGACAUCGAUACAACAACCAGUAAUAGUAGCAAUGACAAUACAAAAUCAAAAGGUAGUGGAAAUAACAAUAACAACAACAACAGUGGAAAAUCAUUAAACGGGAACGUUGUCACAACAUUCAUUGACGAUGAAGAUAUGUUCAAUGAUUUAUCAGAUAAUAUUAUAAUGAAACGUAGUACUACGCCAACAACAAUAACCAACAAUAACAAAAAUAAUAAUAAUAAUAAUAAUAACAAACAACAACAACAAAAACAAUCACAAACCACUCGUGUAAACAAAACAACUACCAAUGACAAUGAUUUGGAUGGAAUUGAAUUCGAUGAUGAUACCGUUGAAAUAUCACAAGUACCGGUAUCGUCUCAAGCACGAAGAUCACAGGUCAAACAUUUAUCGAGCCAAAACUCAACGCAAUUCAACGAAUCACUUGCUGAACUACAGAGAGAAAUGGAUCAACAACAAGAGAGUUCAAUGAAUUGGGAGUUUUCACCUGAAGUUGACUAUGGUAAAGUUAGAUCAGAUGAUCAACUACCAAGUGACGAAGAGAUUGAGCAAUCACAAGUAACAACUGAUAAUCAUACAAGUCAUCAACAAAUACAAAGCUCAACAACAAAAUCAUCAAUGUUUGACGAUGAUUUAGAAGACUUGGAAAUGUAA